UCCAACCUAUCACCACCAGGUGGUUAUAUUAUUUGUUGGUCCAUGGCGUCGCUGACAUUUACAGUGGCGCUGGAAAAAGUAUUUUGUUUGUUAUUGCAAGUGAAGUUUACGGUAAUUUCCUUUAAAACAUAAAACAUUUGAACCGACAUGACAUCGGUUCAAGAUCUGUUAAAAGAAAGCUCACAAAUGGAGCCUCCUCUCGUGGAUAACACAGCGGAUCGCAACUCAAGAUGCGAUUCACCGAAACGUGGAACUACACUGUCAACCAGUACGAGUAGUUUCGAAGCAUUGGAUCCUCACGAUCCAAAUCUGAGCCGUUUAGCCAAUACGAUGUUUCAGAAAACCGGUGAAUACUUGCAAGAAGAACUCACAUCCACUCAUGCUGAUUAUCGUUUAUUGGAACGAUUAAAUAAAGAGACGAUCGCCAAGUACACCGAAUUAAAAACUAUAUCUUCCAGCGUGGCUCAGUCAUUGGACUCUUUGAAUGAAAAAUAUAAAAAGUUGCAACCUAUCUUGGAUAAUAUUAAUGAAAUCGAUGACAGUGUAACGAAGCUGGAACAGGCUGCGUAUAAAUUAGCAUCAUAUUCUAAACGAUUAGAAGCGAAGUUCAAAGACAUUGAAAAGGAUACGAGGAAUAAGUGAAUCUGUGAUGGAAAAUGCUGUGCACAUGUAAUAAGUAAUGAAAUAUAUGUAUAUAACAAAUAUGUAAAGGAUGGUAAAGAUCGCUGGCAGUUGUAUGAUACAUGGAUCUAAUUUAUUGUGUAUACAGUUAGUCUUUACAGUUGUUUGUAUUUAAAGUUCAAAUGUGCAAUCAAUCGAGAUAUUGUAUUAUAAUUAUUGAA